GGCGGACCAAUCGGACAACAAUGAGAGACACGGCUGUAUCUUUUUGGAAGCGGUUGGUUACAUUGAGGAGGCGGGGAGAGUCUCUUUGAGUCUUGCCGUAGAAUUGUCAAAAAGGGGUUCCCUUUUCGGAUUUGGUUGACACGGUUGAUCCUGGUUGAGCUUUGCUAUCCGGGAUCAUGACUAAAGGGCUUUACCAAGCAGCAGAGGACAGGCUCAUAACUCCUAUUGGUGCAAUGUGUGAAAGAACUCUCUCUCCCUCCUUGCUCGGUGGAGAGGGGAAUGCACUCUGCACGUACUCGGGAGCUCUUCUCCGGCAGGAGGAAGAUGUCCAAGCCCAAGGAGGGCAGAGCCGAGAGCGAGGCGGAGGGGACUGCUGCCGCCGCCACUGCCGAGAGCGCCGACAAGCGGGGCCAAGGCCGGCCGAAGAUGAACGGGGAGAACAUAUUUAUUUGUCAGUCCAAAAUCUAUACCUACAUGAGUCCAAACAAACCUCCUGCUGUACGACCUCCACUUCAAGAGGAAAAUUCAGCCACGCAUCAUGAGGCAAAAUGCCAGAGCAAACCAGGAAAUGAAACCUACAAGAAAGGUGAUGACAGAAUAAAUAUUGGCCAUGCAACUGACGGUGCUAUGAAAUCGGAGGGCCUGGUCGAAAAAGAGAGAGGGGGUGACUCUCCGGCCUCCUUCUCUAGCCAAAAACCAGACGCCAGAGAACCUUCACGUGUGCUGCCUCCAGAGUCUGCCAACGCAGCAGACAAAAAGCCAGCUCAGAAGCAAGGAGUCAAGACCAAACCUGGGCCCAAAAGAAAAGCUCAAGGGAAAACGCAACAGAACCGAAAGGUUACAGAUUAUUACCCUAUUAGAAGAAGCUCCCGGAAGAGCAAAAAAGAAUUGCAGAUAGAGGAGAAAAAGCGGAUAGAUGACCUAAUAGAAAGCGGCAAAGAAGAUGGCAUGAAGAUCGACUUCAUUGACGGCAAGGGGAGAGGGGUCAUUGCAACCAAGCAUUUUAAGCGGGGGGAGUUUGUAGUCGAAUAUCAUGGGGAUCUCAUUGAGAUCACGGAUGCUAAGAAACGAGAAGCCGUAUAUGCCCAAGACCCAUCCACUGGCUGUUACAUGUACUACUUCCGGUACUUGAGGAAAACAUACUGCGUUGAUGCCACAAAAGAGACUCACCGUCUGGGAAGGCUGAUCAAUCACAGCAAAUGCGGCAACUGUCAGACGAAGCUCCACGACGUUGACGGCAUCCCCCACCUCAUCCUCGUCGCCUCCCGGGACAUUAAAGCUGGCGAGGAACUCUUGUACGAUUACGGAGACAGGAGCAAAGCUUCUCUUGAAGCUUACCCGUGGCUGAAACACUAGCCUGUCUCUCCAGAACGAACCUUUUCUUUCUUUUUUUAAAGAGGACACAAGGGUCUUGUUUACAGCUCUCGUGGUAGAUCGCUUCCAAAGCCUGCUCCGUAAACGAUGAUUUGAAAGUGUCUGUUGCAGGAUGCACGUCUUCCUCUCUAGUCUUUGUUCUGCCAGGCAGGCAGGCAGGCUUGAAACCGAAUUCCUGAUGAUUUUUACAUAUUAGGCUCGUCUAGAUUCCCUAUUCCUUCCCCACCUCUACCUGUUUGCAAAUAAAUAGAAUUGAUCAGUGCUUCCCAACUUA